AUGCUUGUGGCCUCGAAUGCACUGUACUUAGGCGGCCUCGAGGGUAGCAUGAAAGACUUCGCCGAUGGAGUUGGUUCGGUGAUCAUGGGCAUGAUGGGAGCAGCCGUAACCCUGCUCUUCGUGAUGACCGUCAGCGCGUUGACCUUCCGGGCGGCACUCGGCGGGCAGCAGGAGCUCAUCGCCUUCAACCUCCAGAGGACUCCGGCGCCCAAACUCCUCGCAGAAACCUUGCAGUCCAUGUCCGCCAAGCUCGCAGAGAUGGAUCGGGCAGGACUGGUGAAGGCGUUGUCGGCAAUGGGCAUCUACGAUAACAAGUUGCUGCUGGCAUCGGUGUCUUUGCUGGACACGGAGGUCGUGCUGUCCGAUGCCGACGAACUUGCAAAGAGGUACUGCUUCCGGAUAGGCUCCAGUUCUUUUGCACCACCGGCGCCGUCCCAGAGCCCUGGCCCUGCGAAGAAC